AUGUCUCUUGGUCUUCAUGCUGGAUAUUCAUCUUCUACCACGCUUCUAGAUAAAAGGCAGAAAUUUUCUAUUUUGCAGGUGCUCAAAGGGAGAAGAUCUCUCAGAGGCUCAAAACUCAAACGUUCAACUCUAACUCCCAGUUUUACCUCAAGCCUCCAGCCCAAGCUUCCAUCUCAAGUUCAAUCAUCCAGCUCAAGCUCCAAGCUCCAAGCUCCAAGCUCAAACUCCUGCUCUCAGCUCAUCAAGCAUUCACGGGUGUCUUUUAAUGCAGCCAUAUUAUGA